AUGCUACGAGCUGCCCCGCGCUUCCUGCGGUCUCUUGCGCCCCUGCACCAUCCACCCCACUUGGUGCCCUCGACAAGAAGGACGCUGAUCAACAACGCCGUUGCGCCGAACUUUCAGUAUGAGAACCAACUCGACCUGACUGGCGAGGCGAGGGAGGAGGAGCGGGAAAAGAAAGGCGGUUCGUCGGGCGGAGGGGGUCCUGGAGGGGGAGGUCCUGGAGGAGGAGGAGGAGGGGGACGGCCAGCGCUCGAUAGUGCGGUAGCGACGGCUGGCGGCAUUCUGCUCAUCGCUGCAGCCGGUCUCUGCUACCAUUACUGGUACAAGUGGGAAGUCCUUCGCAAGAUGGAGCGAGCAUUCGCAAAGGGCUACGACCCCGUCCUUGAGCUGGCUCAGGCGACCUCGCGGGAAGAAGACGGGUCUGUGAAAAAGGGUAUCAUCCGCCGGCGCGAGCAGGACUACAUCGACAAGGUCAUCAACGGCGAAAUCUCAGGCGAAUACUUGCUCCUGAUGGGGCCAAAGGGAGCGGGCAAGACGAGCAUGCUGCUCUCGGCCAUGCUGGAGAACCAGGCCGAUGGCUGCGCUAUGCUCGAAGCGCACGAAGACCCCGAAGUCGUCCGACUGCGUCUCGGCAAGGCGCUCGACUUUGAGUACAAUGAGGACUCGUUUGCUGGUCUUUUCCAGCGACGGGACCCUCGCGAGGCCGGGCCGAUCCUCGACAUCGAGCGGGCGUUGUUCAAGCUCGAGAAGGUCGCGAUCCGGUAUCGUAAGAAGCGGAAUCGCCCGCUUGUCCUGAUCGUCCAGAACGCCCACUUCAUCCACGACGACGAAGAUGGCCACGCGCUCCUCCACAUGCUCCAGCAGCGAGCCGAGGCUUGGUCUCAAGCCGGCGUCCUCACGAUGAUCUUCCUCACCGACAACUUUCACACCUACGCCCACCUCAAACGCUCAGCCACUCGCAUGCACGUCCUCUCGAUCCGCGACCUAACCCCUUCCGAGACGCACGACUACCUCGAAGGAACGCAUCCUCGUUUCUGCCCCUCCGCAAAGCCGGUCAGCAGGGUGGAGAGCAUGCGCAUCUGGGACCUCGUUGGUGGCAGGCUGGCGUAUCUCAGUAAGGUCGUCAAGCGGGACGAUAUGAUUGAGGCGGCGAAGGACCUUGUCGCGGAGGAGAAGGAGUGGUUGCUGUCCAAGGUUGGCUUGAUCCCCGAGCACGACGAUGACGUGAUGGACGAGCAGAAGUGGGCGUCCUGCUCGAUGCUCCUCUUCCAACAUUUUGCGAAGCAAGCGGAGGAGUCCGCGCCGCUCCUCGCGCAGGCUAUCAAGCAGAUCGAGGAGCCCGAAACGGAGGAAGAGACGGACAAGGCGAUCGAGGCGGACUUGCUGAACGUCCUUCCGGAUGCCCUGGAUCCCAAGGUCACAUACGGCGAAGCGCGCAACCUGAUGACCCGGACGGACUUCCUGAACGACCUCGACACCUGGCACAUCAUCAAUAUCGACCGCUACCACAACGUCCGACCCGACAGCCGCCUCAUGCUCAAUGUCUUCCGCGAUAUCGCUUCGCGCGAGGGCUUCCAGGAAGACCUCGACACGACGAGGGACCGCAUCGACGCGAUUGAGAGUUUGCACAGGACUAGAGAACUGACGGUCAAGACGGGUGACGGAGACCUCGGUGGCUUCCUCCGCCUCCGCGUCGGCGACUUGUUGCCGCAGCACGAGAAGCAGGACGACGAGGACGGGGACGGGGAUGGCGACGACAAGGAAGACGCGCCGGUCGCGGAGGAGCAAGUCGCGGCGAAGCGAUUCGUCUGA